UUAAGAAACAAAAGUCGAAUACAACACACGAAUUUAAAUGUGGCGGUUCUAUUUUGACUACCAGGCAAAUAUUAACAGUGGCGGAUUGUGUGAUGUUUGCCCUUGAUCAGAACGAUACCGUACCACCUAACAUGUUAGCGGUAGUUGUAGGGCGAUUUAAUUUACAAUUAGUUCAAUUAAACAGAGAUGUGAUUCCGAGAGUCAAGAGUUACAUGAUUCAUCCCGAUUAUGUGCACGAUCGUUUCACCAGCGACUCCAAUCUAGCGAUUUUGACUCUCUGGACGCCCGUCGAAUUCAAUCCUUUUAUCAGGCCUAUUUGCCUAUGGUCCGGUUCACCCAAUCUCGACACCGUCGUUAACAGAACAGGGUAUGUCGUAGGAUGGGGCAAAGAAAAAUUUGGUAAUAUCGAAGAACAGCGAGUAAAAUGGGCGACAAUAGUGAGUCAGAAAGAAGAGCUCCUGCUAUCUGCACUGAUCUUGUUUCGGACCCCAGUACCACUGCAGUAUCAGUCCUGUGUCACCAGAGAGAAGCCUGAGAGAUGUCAGGGCCCCGUUUUUCGUGAUUGGCGAAUGCGAUACGCCCUUUGUG